AAAAAAAAAAAAAAACGUUCAAAAUGUAACAUAUCAUUUGGGUAAUAUAGAUGCUUUAUAGGAAUACCAAAAGCGUCGAUAUAGACACUUAAAUGGCUUUACUAUUACAUAAGUAAGUGUCGCAAUAAGCCCGAGUGACUUGUAAAAAUGAUGGGGAUUUUUGAAGGGGGCCGAAAAAAGGGAGUUGCAGAAUCUUGUUUGGGGGCCUUGCUCGAAUUCUUGUCAGCGCCUUUUUAUAAAUCCAGUCAUACAUAUAUAAUAAGAAUUGUUGAUAACUGCAAGUCUGCAACACGUUCGACUUCACGUGGUUUUUCAAUCAUGAUUGUUUUGAGUUACUGUGGUUCCUCUGCUAUCAAAUCGUAGGAACGACAAUUUUAAGUAGCCAAUGAACGUUUACUUACAUGUAAUUCGAUUAAAGGAAAAAAGAUCGCAUGGUGGCCUUGGCAAUGCAGAAAAACCCACAGAGAAUGGCCAGUGACUUCCCUUGUGAAAAGCGUUUGUUUCACGGAACUAGUCCCGAUGCAGUGGAUGCCAUCUGCAAACAGAACUUUGACUGGCGUGUGUGCGGAAAAAGUGGCACCAAGUACGGAGAGGGAAGUUACUUUGCAACUAAUGCAUCUUAUAGUCAUUCAUACGCCAAAAGUGGUUCAGAUGGUUUUCGGUUUACGUUCUUGGCCAGAGUUUUGGUUGGAUCUUUCAUCAAAGGGAAACGGGAAUAUCGAAAGCCGCCAAAGAAGGACCCUUCAAAUCCCUCGAGCGAUCUGUACGACUCGUGUGUAGAUAACGAACGUAAUCCUGAAAUCUUUGUUAUCUUUGAUGGUGAUCAGUUCUAUCCAGAAUAUGUUAUCAAAUACUUUACACUGGAUCAAGACCGAAUCCUUUUAACAUCAAUAACAGCGCCAAGAAGUUCCCAAGGCCUCACAGCGAAUCCGAAGAGCCCCAGCACAAGUCUGAGCGCUAAUAGAGCAAUGCCCCACUCAGCUUCAAAUUUGCAGCAGCCAAUAGCAUCGCCGAGAGGUUUUCAAGACCUUAAAGCCAAUACGAAGAGCUCUAUCACAACUCUGAGUACUAAUAGGUCACUGCUCCACUCAGCUUCAAAUUUGCAGCAGCCUGUUAAAGCGUCUACAAGUUCCCAAGGUGGUGCAGCCAAUUUAGCCGGGUCCAGUGAUAGCUUUACAGCAAGUGAUUCUAAUGCUCAGUCUAGGAAAAAGCAAAGAAAUGACUCAAAGUCGAGAAAGUACUCAACCUCGAAUUUGCGUCAACCAAUACCAACGCCGAGAAGUUCUCAAGGCCUCAAAGCGAAUCUGAAGAGCCCCAGCACAAGUCUGAGCACUCAAAGAGCAAUGCCCCACUCAGCUUCAAAUUUGCAGCAGCCAAUAGCAUCGCCGAGAGGUUUUCAAGACCUUAAAGCCAAUACGAAGAGCUCUAUCACAACUCUGAGUACUAAUAGGUCACUGCUCCACUCAGCUUCAAAUUUGCAGCAGCCUGUUAAAGCGUCUACAAGUUCCCAAGGUGGUGCAGCCAAUUUAGCCGGGUCCAGUGAUAGCUUUACAGCAAGUGAUUCUAAUGCUCAGUCUAGAAAAAAGCAAAGAAAUGACUCAAAGUCGAGACAGUGCUCGAUACUAUAACCUCACCUGGGCAUGAAGCAUCAUGGUAUUUGAACUAAGGAGUAAGUCUGGUACAAAAUCGCCCACGGUGAGUUUUGGUUUGGGAAAGCGAUUUACACACAGCUUCAACCAGUUGCUUUAAUCACUUGAGACAAGACGUCCAACUGGAAACACAGACGGUGUCAAAAACGUAAAAAAUUUAUUGAUUUUGGACCAAUUAAAUAUUAAAGAUUAUUAAUCGGUUGUUAAUUCUUUGACCAACACCUCAAGAUACUGUAGCUGCAUCGACAAAUAUGUUGAUUCAUUUUUUUUUACUAUUCUAAUACCAAAUAUCUAACCGCCAACCGUCAACUAGCCUAAAAUUUAAUCGUCAACAGUCAGAAAGCAAUAUUUUCUGCCAUCAACCUGUUGUACAGCUGUUUUUAAGCUAUUUUAAAACUUUUGUGGAUCUGUUGUAAAGCUGUUUUUAAGCUAUUUUGGAAACGUCUUUGAUCUGUUGUAUAGCUCUUUUUAAGCUACUUUGAAACUUCUUUUGAUCUGUUGUAUAUUUGUUUUUAAGCUACUUUGAAACUUGAAAUUUUUUUGAUCCGUUGUAUAGCUGUUUGUAGGCUACUUCGAAACUUUUUUUUUAUCUGUUCUAUAGCUGUUUUUAAGCUUCUUUGAAAACUCAUUUUGAUCUGUUGUAUAGCUGUUUUUAAGCUACUUUGAAAGUUUUUUGAUCUGUUGUAAAGCUGUUUUUAAGCUAUUUUGAAAACUCAUUUUGAUCUGUCGUAUAGCUGUUUUUAAGCUACUUUGAAACUUUUUGGAUCUGUUGCAUAGUUGUUUUUAAGCUACUUUGAAAACUUCUUUUGAGCUGUGUAUAGCUGUUUUGACGCUACGUCUUUUAAACUUUUUUUGAGCUGCUAUAAAGGUAUUUUAAAGCUGCUACCUUGAGCAGUUUUAAAGCUGCUUUUAAGCUACUUUUGAACUGCUUUGGAGCAAAUAAGUCUAUCAAGGAAGGAAUCGUUUGCAGCUGAUGUUGUUCCUUGAGGUAGAAUAGGCCUAGAGAAAGAAUAUGUAUUAAUCUUGCCUGUCCACAUUCGAAGAAGAUUUCGGUCACACGAGAGUAUUAUACAUUGAACGAAAAAAAUGGAAGUCAUGUUUUGCUUCUUCACUGACGGCAAGCAACACAAAG